AACGAGAUGACAGUGGUGUUGCGAUGGCUCACGGUGGAUUUUGUGAAGUGAAACGCAUGGUGUAGCUGAAUAAAUAAACAUAAAAAUAAGCGCAAACACGAUUAGAAUAAUAAGCAUUUUUAAAAUCAAUCAUUUCUAUCGAGUGCAAAAAUUUUGAUAGGUUGAAGAUGUCGUGACCGAUCUAGUUUUUUUGCGACAGUACUUACAAACAUGCAGGUGUAUAACAUACUGUUGGAAAGAUAAUACUUUUAACUGUCAUAAAGAAAGGAAUUUUAAUGAAUGAUUUAUAAUAUAUAUAUAUAUAUAUAUUGAUGGCCCACUCAAGUCAACAACAUUAAAUCGUAAACAGAAAUUGGUUCGAUUCGGACCAGUCGUCUCGAAGUAAAAUUGAAAAUGAACAUCGACAGAGUCCAUUUGCGUGUAAUUAUGAUGUACGAGUUUCGGAGAGGGACGCGCAUUUCGAACACCGUGAAAAACAUUUGCGAUGUGUUCGGAGAGAACGCCGUGUCGAUUCCAACGUGCGAGAGGUGGUUCGCAAAAUUCAAACGGGGCGAUUUCAAUCUUGAAGAUCAGCCACGCUCCGGUCGGCCUUCUGGUAUCGAUGACGACAUUGUGCGCAAUUUAGUGGACGCCAAUUCGCGAAUUUCAACGCAAGAGAUUGCCGACAGAUUAAACGUCGACAGAUCGACCGCGUUUAGGCAUUUAAAGAAACUCGGAUACAGUUUGAAACUCGAUGUUUGGGUGCCACAUAGUCUGACAGAGAGGAACAAGAUGGACCGAGUCUCUACGGCCAAUUCCUUGCUUGGCCGAUUAAAAACCGAUCCGUUUCUGGAUCGAUUAGUGACGGGAGAUGAGAUAUGGAUCCAAUACGACAAUGCGGAAAGAAAACGGACUUGGAGACAGAAGAAGAACGAAUGCGAUCAGCCAAAUCAGGCUGAUUUGCAACUUCAGAAAGCUGUGUUGUCUGUAUGGUGGGAUUGCAAAGGUGUCAUCUUUUACGAGCUGCUCCCCGUUGGCGAAACUAUCACUUCCGACAAGUACUGCCAACAACUGGACAAUCUGAAGGCGGCGAUUGACGAAAAACGUCCGGUUUUGGCCAAACGAAAAGACGUUGUCUUCCAUCACAAUAACGUUAGAUCUCACAUUUCGAUGCAAACUCAACGCAAGCUCAGAGAACUAAACUGGGAUCUCCUGUUACACCCGUCUAAUUCUCCCGAUAUCUCUCCGUCGGAUUAUUACUUGUUUCGAUCGUUGCAAAACAGUUUGAACGGGAGAAAAUUCACUUCUUUCAACGAUCUAAAAAAUUACAUCUCUUCAUUCUUUGACGAAAAGCCAACUACCUUUUACGACAGAGGCAUACGAAUGUUGCCAGAACGUUGGCGAAAGAUAAUAGAAAACAAUGGGGAUUACUUGAUAGACUGAAUAAAUCUUUUUUAAUCAAAAUACUUGGUCCACAUUUUUCUAUCACAUCCAAAUUUAUCAAAACUUUUGCACUCAACUUUAAUAUUAUUA